AUGAGUGGAAGAAGUGCCGGAUAUGGAGUUUUUACCAGUACAUCAGGAAAGCGAACAUGUGGUGUCAAAUGGUUUGCUUUUAUGGGAUAAGUUCCAUGUAUGCCCAAAAGCUUUCCAUCUCUCACAGUCAAUGGCAGGCGGUUGAUAUUAUCUUCACCCAAAUUGGAUAAAGUUCAAUUCGACAUUACAUUUAUUCACCACCACUUAUGGCUGAUUAUGAAUACUAGCUACGUGGCACUGCACGGAACUGUUGUGCAGAGUAUAUAGAUCACAGCUCUGGGCUUCAGUUUGUACUUUCCCGUCUGCGAAGGCAGUCUUCGUCAGUCUCGAAAUUGGAACAUUAUUUAAGGAGAAAUUAUUAUAAAUCAAAUUGGAACCCAGAAAGUUUUCCUCACUUGUCUGGAGGAUUCUUUAACAGGCCUUUGUAUUCUGCGUUUUAUUCUACUAAGGCAGGGCACCUGACUAGCUUUUAAGCUUAUCACUAUUUAUUUGCUUCUAUACAUUCCAUCUAGAAUGGAUGUUACCAGGAUGUGGCAAUUUGUGCCACAAUGUAAUAGUUAUUUAUUGUCUGGGGAUUUCAACAAGCCUUCUGGAAGCAGCAGCCAUUUUAGUACAUUAUUUUAUCAUAAAUUAUAUGACAAUAAUCUAAAUGUAAAAACAAAUAUAGAUUUUCACAAGAUAGAAAAGCUAGUACCAGCAAAACAGAAAAGAAAUAUUCUGGUUAAUGCAGUAGCAAGUUCAGUUUCUGGUGUGCAAGAAGCUCCAACAAAAAAGAAAGUAUUAUUACAAAAAAGAGGAGCAAAAGGUAGUUCAAUGAUGUUACUUUCUCAGGAGAAGUCAAGUAAAGCUAUGGAGGAGCUAGAUUUAGAACGAGGGGUUUGCAUUCCUUUUCGUAAAUAUACUCCAGAAUUGGUCAGGAAAACUGUUCUACAGUCAAGUGGAACAAUAUUCUCUCUUAUUAGCCGUGGAGUGGAGAUCCUCUGGAAAUUAGGGCUAUACUGGACUACACUCUCCAUUGAUAAGCUUGUUGGGAGGGGUCCAGAGGUAGUUCCACUGCGUGCAGGGCAACUACGGUCUUUACUUUGUGACUUGGGACCUUCCUUUAUCAAGGCUGGUCAGGUUUUGGCUAACAGACCUGAUAUAAUACGUGAAGAUUAUAUGAAUGAACUUUGCAUCCUUCAAGACGAUGUUCCUGCAUUUCCAAAUCAGGAGGCUUUCCAAAUUAUAGAAGAAGAUUUAGGUGCACCUCUCGAACGCAUAUUUAGCAAAAUUUCUUCUCAGACAAUAGCAGCUGCAAGUUUGGGCCAAGUGUACCGUGCUACUCUUCGCAGUUCAGGGGAGGAGGUUGCUAUUAAGGUGCUAAGGCCAGGAAUUGAACCUAUAAUUUAUAAGGAUCUCUUCCUUUUUCGAACUCUAGCUUCCUUUUUGAAUGGCAUUAGUCUUCAGAAGCUUGGUUGCAAUGCAGAGCUUAUUGUUGAUGAAUUUGGUGAAAAGUUGCUGGAAGAACUUGAUUAUACACUUGAGGCACGUAAUAUUAAGGACUUCUUGGAAAACUUCAAAAAUGAUCCAACAGUUAAGAUUCCUCUCGUAUAUACAGAUCUUUGUGGUUCACGGGUUCUUGUGAUGGAAUGGAUUGAUGGCAUCCGUUGCACUAAUCCACAGGCUAUAAAAGAAGCUGGCAUUCGUGUUUCUGAUUUUCUCACAGUUGGCGUAUCUGCUGCUUUGAGACAACUGCUAGAAUUUGGUUUGUUUCAUGGAGAUCCACAUCCUGGGAACAUUUUUGCAAUGCGUGAUGGACGCAUUGCAUAUGUCGACUUUGGAAAUGUUGCAGUGCUUAGUCAGCAAAAUAAACAGAUCUUGAUAGAUGCAGUUGUCCAUGCUGUGAAUGAAGAUUAUGUAGAAAUGGCAAAUGAUUUUACAAGGUUGGGAUUCCUGGCUCCUGGUACAGAUGUAGCUCCUAUUGUUCCAGCAUUAGAAGCGAUAUGGCAGAAUUCUGUUGGGAAAGGACUUUCUGACUUUAAUUUUAGGAGUGUUACUGAAAAAUUCAACAAACUUGUGUACCAGUAUCCAAUACGUAUACCUGAAAGAUUCUCUCUUGUUAUUCGGUCAUUGCUGACUCAGGAAGGAAUCUGUUUCACUCUUCAACCAGACUUCAAGUUUCUUGAGGUAGCUUAUCCAUACGUGGCAAAACGCCUCCUGACAGACCCUGAUCCAGCACUACGAGAACGCCUUGUUCAGGUGCUUUUCAAAGAUGGAUUAUUUCAGUGGAAACGCCUAGAAAAUCUCAUUGUGCUGGCAAAAGAGCAAGUGGCCAUCAUGAGUCGGAGUCCAGCAUUGCAAGAAAGAACCAGACAAGGCAUAACAAAUCAGCAAGUUGAAAGAAAACUAGAUCUGACAGAUACACUUAAAGAUGGUGCUAGAGUGGUAAUGGUAGAUGCUGGCAUUCGCCGUCAACUUCUUUUAGCCUUGACAGAGGAUUCAAAAUUGCAUAUUAAAGAGCUUAUGGAUAUUUACAGAUUAGUUGAAGGGGAAUUUGAUAUUCCCUCAUUAGCUAUAGAUCUUGUUCAAGGACUGCCAGCUGCUACACGAGAUAUGAUCCUGUCUUGGAGUGAGUCUGUUCUGCUAGAUCGUUGAGAAUGGAAGUGUAAGCCAUUGUAACUUUUGAGUUUUGGGGAUUAUUUUAAGUUAUUAACGUCAUAAGUUAUUCUGGAAACUGUAGGGAGAAAAAAAAAUUAAAUGGUAAGUUAUCUUAGCAGAGAUUUAAUAGGCUUGAUGGAAACUGUUCCUCUUGUAGUAGAAAUAUCUUUUUAAUUCAAAUUCUAAAGAAUACUCAAGGAAGGGUGCAUGUUUACCCAUCAUUUAAAUUUGUAUUUGUAUAUUACAAACCUUGGAAUCAAUAUUGCUAUAGAUUCUUGUAUUUUCUAUGCUUGUGCAAGUUGUGCUAUGGACUUAUGAAUGAAUCAUUGAUUUCAUUAUUUAUGGCACCA